GAUCUUAAGUAUCGUUUUUUGUUUUCAAAUUUUUGGCAAACGCGUGUUGCGUUAGCAUGUGCAAGAUCGAAGGAACGAGCUUGCGCUCUCUCGGCCUCGGUCAGGUGUACUCGGAAGCGUUUCAAUGACGCGGAGCGCACGAGCCACCGUUGAACGCCGCCUCAGUGCCCAGGGCGCGUUCAAUCGAAGUGGUUACGCACACGCGAUAAAGAAAUAAGGGAACGAAAUCGUCGUUCGCAUUUUCGUGAGAAGCGUGCGCGUGUGUCGGCCGAGAGGAUUUCCUUGGCGCCGGAGAGCCGAAGGGCGGGUCCUUUCUCUGUUCCGUGAGGGUGGUCCGCUGGAAGCGGAGAACGCUGUGGUGAACAGUCCUCGUGGGAGUAGGAAGAAGACGGAGCGUGCAUGCUGAAGCGGGAGACGCUCAGUGAUCCGGCAAAGAUCUGCGAAGAGAUCCUUAUGGUAGCUGAGGGGCGCGAACGAUCCUUCCCGAGCGAGAUCCAAGGGCUGAAAGGUUGGCCCCGUCGUUGGAUCCACUCGGCCAUCACCUACAUUUAGAAAUACCAACGAUGACCGACCGAAACGAGAACUUCCUGUGCAAAGAUGAAUCCACUGGGCGAACCAUCUACAAACCCGGCUGCAAUUGGAACAACAACAACGAUGUCCGGAACAACGGGACUAACUUGAUCAGAAGAGAUCCAAAUUAUCAUCGAACUAACCAUCAAAAUGAUCAGGCGAACUCGAAUUACCUGCCGAAAAGGGCACCGAUCGUCGGCUGGCAAAAUGGCAGCCCCACCGUUUUCCCUAGUACGCCGUGCCGUACUCCCGAUCCAGAAUUGCACGACGCGAUAAUCCUGUCCCGCUCGCACAGCGCCGGUUCCUCUACGAAGAGUUCGGGAAUCUGUCAGGAAAAUACGGAGAACCUCAGCAGCCUGGCGGACGAGAGACUCUUUCAGUCGACACCGGCACACACCAUCGACCGUAGCGUCGAGUCCUUGUCGCCCGACAAAGACACCUUUCUGACUACCUCGCCGGAGAUUGGUAGGAGCAAGGAUCUGAGCUUGCCCGAUGACAUAGAAGACAAGAUCGAUCUGUUGAGUCCAGGAACGGAUUGCACAGAGGAGAAAAUGCUUCCUGUCGGCAACAACUAUCGCAUCUCACUGAUCGCCGAGUCGCAGGCUCUAGAAAAAAUCGGGGAGAGACCGAUGAUCACUUCCAACCCUGGUUACACGGAACACGACUCUCGCGAUUCCAUUGAUUCCAGCGUCGACGAGCUGAGCGUCACGGGGAAAGAUGAAGAGAUCAAACCUAAGGUACCCGACGGUGGUUGGGGCUGGGUGGUCGUGUUGGCCUCUCUGGUCAUUUCCAUGAUAGCCGACGGGGUGUCCUUCAGCUUCGGUCUUCUGUACAUCGAGUUCCUCCAGGAGUUCGGCGCGUCGAAGUCGAAGACGUCUUGGAUCGGUUCUCUAUUCAUGGCCGUACCACUUUUGUCCGGACCUAUCAUGUCCGCUCUGGUAGAUCGUUACGGCUGCAGGAGCAUGACGAUACUCGGAGGCCUGAUCGCGGGCCUAGGCUUCGUGCUGAGCUCGUUCAGCAACACCAUCGAGGUAAUGUAUCUGACGUUCGGCGUCAUCGCUGGUCUCGGUUUGGGUCUGUGUUACGUCACUGCGGUCGUGAGCAUCGCGUACUGGUUCGACAAGAAGCGAACCCUAGCUGUAGGUCUGGGCGCGUGCGGCACAGGCAUCGGUACCUUCGUCUACGCCCCGAUGACCACGUUCUUCAUCGACGAGUACGGCUGGCGGGGCACGUGUCUGCUACUGGCAGGUACGUUCUUCAACAUGAUCGUCUGCGGUACGGUGAUGCGGGAUCCCGAGUGGUGGAUCUUAGAACAGCAGAAGCAGAACGGAACCACGCCGAAGAAGUCGAUCACCAAGUCUGAAUUAAAUGGAUCCAGUGGAAGUCCCGUCGACGAGUUCCCUGGCGUCGACGAACUAAGGAGGAUGCUGAAGAGCGGCCACACACCCGAGUAUCUGCUGCAGAUUCUGAGUACCACGACGGAGGAUCCGCAGACUGCGAACGGGGAUUUCAAAUUCAGAAGCGUGGUCAACUUACCUACUUUCGUCAAACAUAACGAAAAGGUACCCGUGGAAGUGUUAGAAUCGCUGUCAAGCAAUCCCAGGUUGUACAGAGUGAUUUUGGAGAACUAUCCGAAUCUUCUAUCCUGUAGAAGUUAUUCGGAUAAGAUGUUACACGAUUCAUUGGGGGAGGUCGGCAACAAAAGCGUCGUCACCAUGUCGAUGAGAAUCAAGCAAGCGCACGACGAGAAGCACGAGGACUCGCACGUGGCGAACAACGUUCAUUCAGGCAACCCUCUGAAGAAUCAUAUAACUAAGAAGAUGUCUAAAAAAGAAUCGGAAGAAGCUAAUCCAUUACUGUCCAAAGAAGUAGAAUACGCGAACGAAGGUAGGAAAUCGAAGUCGGUGUCGAAACAACGAAUCGGAGAACUGAACUGCGGGGUCGUAAGAACCGACUCGCUUCCGUGGCUGCGGAGGCAGUUCAACACGAAUACUCACUACUUCAAAGACAUCAGAGUUCAUAGGAACUCGGUGAUGUACCGCGGGGCCGCACUCAAUUUACACAAAUACAGAUUAAGGGCUAGCAGCUGCCCCGACAUUUAUAGGAACAGCAUGACCACAUUGGCCAAAGAAAACGAAGAGAAAUGGUACAGCGAACUGGUAGAAUUGCUGAAGGGUAUGAUGGACUUCUCGAUGUUUCUCGAGCUCCACUUCUUGUUCCUAUCGCUCUCGACGAUCUUGUUGUUCACUUGGUUCAUCGUGCCUUACUUUUAUCUUGCCGAACACCUAACCAGAAACAGUUACACCGAGUCCGACGCCGCGAAUCUCCUCAGUAUCAUUGGCAUUACCAAUACGAUCGGAAUGAUCGGGCUCGGUUGGGCGGGGGACCAACCCUGGAUGAACGUUUGCAAGACGUACACCUGGUGCCUCGUCGCUUGUGGCGUAGCGACGAUCUUGAUGACUACGUUCACGCCUUCCUACAACCUGUUGAUGGCCACCUCAGCGGCGUUCGGUCUCUUCUUCGCUAGCAACUUCAGCUUCACGCCUGUGAUACUCGUCGAGCUGAUACCACUGGAGAGGUUCACCACUGCCUACGGCCUCAGUCUCCUCUGUCAAGGUAUAGGAAACCUCCUCGGUCCUCCACUGGCCGGUUGGCUGUUCGACGUAACAAAGUCGUGGGAUUUAUCGUUUUAUAUGGCCGGUGGUUGGAUCGUCGUUUCCGGAUUUCUGGUAGGUCUCAUACCGUAUACAAAGAAUCGUAAAAUCUGGGGCAAGGGUCCGAUAGAGAUGGAACGCGAGACGGACAGUCUAGCUUAAAUUAAUAAUUGAAAAUUGGAAAACUCGUACAAUAAAAGUAUAACGAUUGUCGGGGGUUAGACACGUUGCCAUUGGUUGUAUCGUCUUUUAUAGUUAUUUGGUAAGUCUCAUCGCGAAAUCUGAGUCAAAGACCCGCUAGAGCAGCUUAGAUCGAAUUUGUUAAUAGCAGAUGGUGGAUGUUCGUGCGAAAUUCGAUGUAACAACAGACGAAUUGUAGUACUUAGAACGAUUUGCAUGAAUAUCCGCGAUCUCCUCGCUAGCAAUUGUUGAUUAUUCCUUUAUUUAUAAUUUUUUAGUUUGCCAUUCACUGUGCUCGUUUUUCUAUAUUCUUCUUUCAGUCUGUCGUCUCGACAGCGUUGAUAUUAGUUCACGACGAAGGGUACUACUAUUUAUGAAGUUUGAUGUAAACUAAAUGUACAUAUGUUGAUAGCAUGAAAUUAUUUUAGCUCACAUUUGCUAAUACUCGAUCUUACUCCGCGAUCAGUGAUUAGAUAAUAAUUAUUAUUAUAUCUAAUUCGAUGGUCGAAUCGUUUCCAAUUACAAAUCUGAGUGUUAUAUUUCGCUCAGGGAACGUUUCCUCAAAGUGAACGUGUCUUUUUCUAAUAAAAAAGUGAAGACGAAAAAAUAUUUCUGAAGAUAGGUAAGACGUCUAUAUUCAUAUUCAAUUACAUUACUUUCUACUUACUAUAAAACUGUACUUGGUAGCUAUAAUUGAAGUACGAAGGAGUUAAUUAUACUGUUACAAUAUGUACUUCUAAACUUCUGCCUUAUGAGAUCCAUUAUGGAUAACGAGUCGAGAAAUCAAAAGUCUGCCGUGCUAAAUAAAGUGGUGCACCUUUUCACAUCGUUGUAACAGAACGUCCCAACUGUGAUCGUAAUCGAUGUCAGAUGGUAGCUAGAAAAAUUGUCCAACUAACAAGUGUACCUUAGUUAAUAAGUACUUGACUAUGAGAGUGGCCUAUAAAUUACUUGAACGUCUCCUUAAAAAUUCCACUCCUCUCGCAUUGUAUCUUAUCUUACGGAUUCUAAGAAUUUGCUUUAAGAGAAUAUCGAAUGAACUUCUCAGUUACAAAGUGAUUUACAAGUCGCUCUUUAAAAGUCCAAUGAUAGUAAUUUAUACACGAACGCGAUUCGACGGACCUGUUAGAUCGUUAGAUUUUUCGAUACUUCUUUACAGUAUUUCGAGAUGUUUAAUCAACGAAUUUCACGGCAGGGGCGUAAAGGAAUAACGCGGCUGGAACGUUACUUAAAUACAUCUUUUCAUUUACCCCGUAUUUACUUAAUGUUGGACGAUAUAUCCGUUAGAUAAAUUAAACGAUGAAACAUUAUUUUCUGUAGGUUUCAUUAAACAUCGAGGAGGAUUGAUAUUUUAUUAAAAACGUUUAUAUGUAUAUGUAUAAAUGUGAUUCUGUUAUGAGUGCAGGAUGUAAAAAAUUGUAUACUCUAUCCCUUAUGUUCCACCGAUCUAAAAUGCUCACUCACGAAACGUUGUUUACCGGAUUUUUUACAUCUUGUACAAUAAUUGUCUAAGAUACGUGCAAUAUGCUUCCAAGAGUAAACUAGUCAACGAUGGCAAUCAGAUUGUCGCACUGGCUUCAUCGGCGUUGCGACGAAAUUGAAACUGGAGUCGCGCUACAAGAAUUUUUGAGUCGUAUUCACGAUGGUACGUGUUAUUAAAAAUUUUCUUGAUCUCUACGGUACAUCUCGCGAUUGAACCGCGAUCGAUAGAUUGUUAAAACAGUGUAUGUAUAAAUAGAUACAAACGUGUAUAUUUAUAUAAAUAUAUACAUAGAAUAUAUUACGAAA